AUGGUGAUGAACAGGAACUGGACGAAAUGUCCAGCUGUGGAAGAAAUCCCUUCAGUUUCCAUAGAUGCUUUUAAUGACUAUGAAAAUAUUACCUUCAUUUGCUGGAAGGUUCAUAAUGACUGGGUGUCAAAGAUCAAAUAUAUCCAUUCUGUGGAAACCAUCAUAUCUAGUUCAAAUGAUGAGAGUACUGCACUGGUGAUAGGUUGUGUGAGUAGAACCAAAAAUGUGAAGCAUCGCUUGAAAACUCUGAUGGGUUCCAGGAGUGGCUGUCGGAACAAAUUCCCCACACCAGCUGGUGCUUCUCCACCUAAGCGCUUUCAGUGUGAUGAGUCUGUUUUUAAAGUGUACAAAGGAGUCAAGACUUUUGACUAUUGCAGAGAAAAUAAUAUUCUUGUGACUGGUGGUUUGGACCGGAAUAUUCGUCUAUGGAACCCUUAUAUCCCUGGAUGGGCUGUUGGCAUUCUGCGAGGGCACACAUCCCCGAUUGGUUUCCUAGUCAUUGUUCAUGGCAGCGCAAAGAUUUUCUCAGUGUCUCUGGACAGCACCAUCAAGGUAUGGGAUAUUGAAGCCCACUCCUGCCUCCUCACCAUCACCCCCAAAGUCACUCAAAUCAGAGGAGAGAUGGAAGUUUGCUAUUUUUCUCCUGAUCUGCAAGCUCUCUAUGUGGCAGCUGACAAUUUUGCUCUUCUGCGAUUCCAGCAUAAGGGAAAUCAGAUCCGUGAUUCAGGCAUGUCCCACAAUGAACCAGUCCUUUGCUGUCAAUAUAACAAGCAGUUCCAGCAGGUGGUUAGUUGCUCGGAAGGUUCUGUUAUAAAAGUAUGGAAUCUGAAAAAUGGGCAGCUAGUGAUGAAAGUGUGUGACGCCCAUGGAGAAACAGCUGUAACUUGCAUGGCUUUAGAUGCAAGUGGGAAGAGGUUGAUCACUGGUGGAAGAGAUGGCAGUCUGAAAAAAUGGGAUAGCUUCACUCUCAGUUGCCUGUACACCAUUAAGCAAGCUACCAGUGCAGAUGACGAAGUCCUUGCUUGCACAUAUGCUGAUAUUUACAGCAACAGGUACAUCGUAUCUGUUGGAGGGGGCAGGAAGAUCAAUAUUUUUCCAGAGCUUAAUGACGAAUUGCCUGAAGGAUCAAAUUUACAACCAGACUGGACUGAAAGUGUGGGAAAAGGUCACAAGGAUGAUAUUUCAUGUGUAGCUUCCUGCCCUCCACAUUUCUUGGCCACUUGUAGUUUUGAUGGUGAAGUUCUCAUGUGGAAUCUGGUCUCAGGACAUCUCUGUAGCCACCUGAGUGCUAUAAGCAGGGCAGUGAUGGAAGGAGGAACAGGUGAGUAA